AUGGAAAUCAAAGAAGACAUUGGUGAUCAAAGCAGUGAAGGUGGAAGUGGAGUCAACUUUCGCAAGCCCAUGUUGCGCCCCUCAUCACUUGGAAGUGGAGUUGAAGGUGACCACCUGCCCCUGAUCACAUACAAACUGCACUUGGGCCUUUACAACCUGCACUUAAGCACAUACAAGUUGCACAUGAGCACAUACAAGAUGCAGCUAUUCUUCAACAAGAUGCAACUCUUCUUCCACAAGAUAUUCCAGGGCCUGCACCUCCAACUCGUCUUCAAGUGGUCAUUAAGAUCGGCAUGUGGCCAUUGA